AUGGCAUCAAAUGAUUCUUCGAAACUCUUCAAUGAAAAUUCGGAAGCUGUGGAAGAAACCAUUAAUAGGGAUCUAUCUAAAACAGUCAAACAAUUAGGGAAAGAAGCAAAAAAUCAAGAAAAACUUAAGAAGUAUACGGCAAAACAAGCUGCAAUCGAAGCACAGAAAAAACUGAAAGAGACAACUAAAGAUAAAUCAAAAACCAAAUCAUCAAUAAUCAAUCAUGAAAUAACUGAAUAUACAUCGAACACAGCAUCCGAUGAAAAGAAAGAUAUUCAUUGUCAAUUACCGAAGAAUUAUAGUCCGAAAUAUGUUGAAACAGGAUGGUAUGCAUGGUGGGAAAAAGAAGGUUUUUUUCGACCAGAAUACUACGAUAUGCAUCCACCAUUGAAUAUUUCAUUACCUCGACAAUCAUUUAUUAUGGUUAUUCCACCACCAAAUGUUACUGGUUAUCUUCAUUUAGGUCAUGCUAUUAUGUGUACAAUAGAAGAUACAUUAGCACGUUGGCAUCGUAUGUGUGGUCAUACAGUUCUUUGGGUACCUGGAUGUGAUCAUGCUGGAAUUGCAACACAGGUUGUUGUGGAAAAGAAAUUGAUGCGUGAACAAAACUUGACAAGACAUGAUUUAGGACGAGAAAAAUUUCUUGACGAAGUUUGGAAAUGGAAAAAUGAAAAAGGUGAUCAUAUAUAUGAACAGAUUAAAAAAUUGGGAUCUUCAUGUGAUUGGACACGUCAAGUAUUUACUAUGGAUAAAGAUAUGUCAUAUGCUGUAGAAGAAGCAUUUAUUAGAAUGCAUGAAAAAAAACUUAUCUAUCGUUCAUUACGAUUGGUUAAUUGGUCAUGUGCACUCAAAUCAGCGAUUUCUGAUAUUGAAGUUGAGAAGGUACAAUUGAAAGGUCGCACAUUACUUUCUAUUCCUGGUUACAAUGAUCUUAUUGAGUUUGGCAUGUUGAUCGAAUUUGCAUAUCCUGUCGAGAAUUCGAAUGAAGAAAUCGUUGUGGCUACAACUCGUAUUGAAACAAUGCUUGGUGAUACAGUUAUUGCUGUUCAUCCAGACGAUGUUCGUUUUAAACAUUUACAUGGAAAGUUUGUUCAACAUCCAUUUGUUUCACGACGUUUACCGAUCAUCACUGAUACUAUGGUCGAUCCACAAUUUGGUUCAGGUGCUGUUAAAAUAACACCAGGACAUGAUCCAAAUGAUUUUGAAUGUGGACGUCGUCAUUCAUUGCCAUUUAUUACAUGUAUUACAGAUGAUGGACGAAUGUCAUCAGAAUGUGGUUCAUAUUCUGGUCAACUUCGUUAUCAUGUUCGUGUUCAACUUUUAAAUGAUUUAAAACAACUUAAUCUAUAUCGAGGUUCAAAAGAACGAGAAAUGAUACUUUCGAUUUGUAGUCGAAGUGGAGAUAUUAUUGAGCCACUACUCAAACCGCAAUGGUAUGUUAAUUGCAAUACAAUGGCUAAACGUUCAAUUGAAGUUGUACGAACAAAACAACUACAAAUUUUACCAAGUAAUUUCGAACCAGUUUGGUAUAAAUGGUUAGAAGAUAUUCAUGAUUGGUGUAUUUCACGACAAUUAUGGUGGGGUCAUCGAAUUCCAUCUUAUUUUAUUAGUUCCGAUGAUAUUCCUGAAGGAAAUGAGAUGGAUGAUAAAUAUUGGGUUAGUGCUCAUUCACAAGAAGAAGCAUUAGAAAAAGCAACUCAAAGAUUUAAUAUUUCGAAAGAAAAAAUUCGUUUACAACAAGAUGAAGAUGUUCUUGAUACUUGGUUUUCAUCAGGUAUAUUUCCAUUUUCUUCUUUUGGUUGGCCAUUGGAAACGAAUGACUUAAAAAGAUUCUUUCCAACAACAUUACUCGAAACUGGUCAUGAUAUUCUUUUCUUUUGGGUUGCACGAAUGGUAAUGAUGUCACUUGAACUAACUGAUUGUUUACCAUUUACAAAAGUUUAUUUACAUGCUAUUAUUCGUGAUGCACAUGGACGUAAAAUGUCGAAAACAUUAGGUAAUGUUAUUGAUCCACUUGAUGUUAUUAAUGGUAUUACACUAGAAAAACUCAAUGAAAAAUUAAGAAAUUCGAAUCUUCAUCCAAAAGAAUAUGAACGAGCACGACAAGAUCAACAAAAUGAUUAUCCAAAUGGUAUACCAGAAUGUGGUACGGAUGCAUUACGUUUUGCUUUUUGUGCUUAUGCCAAUCAAGCGCGAGAUAUCAAUUUGGAUGUAUUACGUAUUGAAGGUUAUCGACGAUUUUGUAAUAAAAUUUGGCAUGCUAUGAGAUUUGCUAUGGCAAAGAAUUUAGAUAUCAAUGAUCCGAACUGUUUUCAACCACCAGAACAAUUCAAAUUAUCAGGUACCGAAAAACUAUGUGAUCUCUGGAUAUUAAGUCGUCUUAGUUAUGCUAUUGAACAAUGUGAAAUAGGAUUUACUAAUUAUCAAUUUCCACAAGUUACUACAGCUAUUUAUAAUUUUUGGUUUUAUGAACUUUGCGACGUUUAUAUAGAAUAUAUUAAACAAGAUUUUUGUGCUACUAAUAUCGAUUCUCAACGACAAGAAAUUAUAAAACUUAUUUUAUAUAUAUGUUUGAAUAAUGGACUCAAACUAUUAGCACCUAUCAUGCCAUAUAUAACUGAAGAACUUUAUCAACGUUUACCUCAACCAAAACAGGAUCAACCAUUACCACCUAGUCUCUGUGUUACACCUUAUCCACAAUCAAUACAAUUCAAAGAAUUUCGUAAUGAACGAAUUGAUUCAAAUAUGAAUAUGAUUAAUGAUUCAAUAAGUAGAAUUCGUUCAUAUCGCACCGCGCAUAAACUCAUUUCGAAACAGAAAGACAGUCUUUAUAUUCGGACAUCUCCAUCAAAUACAAUUCUCUUUUCUGAAUAUAAAGAUUUACUUCAGCGACUGGGUAAUAUCAAUGAUAUUUAUAUGCUUGAUAAUGAUUUCAACAUCGAUCAAUCAUAUACAACAGUGACAACAACAUCUGAUUAUAUAUUCUAUUUUAUUUCGACAACAUCACCCUAA